UACCCAGACCGGAAGUUGUAAUAUAGUCGCCAUUCGCCGAACACGAGCGAGGGAAAUUGAGUUGUUUAUACGAGCAUGAAGAAAGCAACAAAGUGCAUUAAGUUAGGACGUGAUAUCGUUUUAUGUUAAAUGUAACUUUUAGGCAUUAGUACGUCUGAAGGAUGUUUUUUACUUAGUCAUUUUCAGUAACGUUAGCUGCUAGACGGUUGCCGCUUUCACGUGCGUUUUUUUUCUGGUGUUGCAUGUAAUAAGCCAGCUAACGUUAGCCGCCUAGCCAAGCGUGGCUAACUUAAAAACAAGUUUAGCCAGCCUUAAAGAAAACGUCGCUCGUUAGUGCAAAGUUGAAAUUUAGCCAGAGGAAGCUGUUUAAGUUUCCAUUUUGGCCGUAACUAAAAGAGACGAGUGAAGGGUUUUGAAGCGGGAAUGUCAUCGCCUCCGUUAGGUCGCAGGAGUCAUGAAGGGUCAGCGAACGCAUCAGACAGCGACUCCGAGGACGAGCCCACGCUCCCCCUUAAUCAGUUCUAUCCAUACAUCCGCUGUGCCCUUUGCUGUGGGUUCCUCAUAGAUGCCACCACCAUCACAGAGUGUCUGCACACAUUUUGCAAAAGCUGCAUUGUGAAGCACUUCUUCUACAGCAACAAGUGUCCCACAUGCAGCAUUGUUGUCCAUCAGACACAACCUCUUUACAACAUCAGGCCUGACAGACAACUUCAGGAUAUAGUUUAUAAAAUGGUUCCCUUCUUGGAAGAGCUUGAAAGAGAACAAAUGUGCAGCUUUUACAAAGAGAGAGGACUGGAUGUACCAAAACCAGUGAUCGUCUCCCCUCCAUGUCCUGCUGUUAUAAAGAGGCAGAAGAAGGACAACGUUCCUCAGUCUGUGUUUACCGUUCCUCCAGAGCUGGAUGUGUCUCUGCUCCUGGAAUUUGUUGGGGCUGAAGAGGGCAUCUGCAACUACAAGCCGUUGGAGAGGCGGUACCUCCGCGUGUCAGGUGAGGCCACCGUUCGCCACGUGGAGCUCUUCAUCAGGAGGAAGAUGGAGCUGAGCCCAUCUUGCCAGGUAGAUGUGGUUUGUGGAGAUCACCUCCUAGAUCACUACCAGUCACUCAAAGAAGUACAGAACUUUGUGGGCGAAGAUGCACUACAGGACGGUUUGUUGGUGCUACACUUUGGCUUGGUGCUGCCCUCCCAGUCUUAAAUAUGAGGCGUGGAUUUAGCCAUGAUCUGAACUGCUGAACUGACAUUUUGGUCUUUGUUUCUCUUUAUAAGACUCGUGUCUUCAUAAAGGUCUUGGAUUUUAGACUAAUGAAUUGUUGCUAGCUGAUUACAAAACAUAUAAAAUUCAAACCUGAACAUAGCCACAUUUGGCACCUGGCAAACUUUAAUGUAUUACUUCUUCAUUGAGCAGACUGGAAAAUGAACUGUUUUGAUUGAAUUUUUAACAAACAAGAUGAUUAUCUUUAGUUCAUAGUUACCACAAAUCUGCUGGACACAGAUGACAUCCAUCUGAACUACUUGGUACCCACGUGUAUAACAUGAAUUUGACCUGAUAAAUGAAGAUGACACAUUUCUGUUCCUGCUAGGCUGUUGUUUGAAGAUUUGUUUAAAACUGUUUGCUACUGUUUCUGUAGCGGAAACUGGACUGAACCACUGUGACUGGGGGGAAACUCGUAAAGCUGCUAUAGCAUUAUAGGCAGCAUCUGUCUAGUUUACCCAACUUUUUGCAACCCAGGGAUUGUCUUUAAUGAUUUAUGUUGAGUACAAAGCUGUGAUUUAAAGGGCUGCAAGAAAAGGACUGCCACUACCAAAGAUUUAUGUAUGUUAACGCUUGCUUCUUAGAGCUUGAUAGUUUUUUAAGAGCUGUUGACUUCCUUCUGCUGUUAAUAGAAAAAACUGAUCAGCUCAAAAAUACUUUGAGUACAAAAACAGUUAUUUAAAGGGAGUUUGUAUAAAGUCUUUGAUAUGGUUUGGUAAAAAAAAUGUUUGUACUUGCUUUUGUCAGGUUGAAUUAAUAAAAGCACAACUGAGAAA